AUAUUUACCUUCGACUAUUGUAGUGAAUUCGUUGGAAGCCUGGGUGUGAGAUGCGUGCCGUUAAUGCCAUUCAUUCACUACACUGUUGAAUCACUGCAGAGGUAAAGGAAGUCAAGCUGGAGAAGGAACACACUGGGGAUUUAUCGUGUAAUAUUACCAGUAAGAUUUAUCACUCGCACCGUGGUGAUCACACGACCCGCAAGCCUGCGCCGGGCACAACAGGAAAAUCAAAACAGAAGUACAUAGCACGCCCACUUCAUGAUGUCAUUUUGAUAGUGUGAGCUGCUCAUACAUGGUAAACCUCAGCGGCCCCCCCCCAUGUCAAUGCCUAAAAUUAACUCCGGCAACAGCUGAGCUCCAGCAUUCUCUUUCUCUCCGUCUCUGUCUCUUCUUUCUCUCCCGCACUCUCUGUCCCUGUCGCUUGCUUUAAACAUGACGCGGUUUAGUUAUGCAGAAUAUCUCUCGUUGUUCCGUUCCAGUGGAGUGAAGAGUCACCAGCAGGGUUUUGACAGCGGAGCGCGGUGCGAGGACCCCAGUGACGUCACGGCAGCCCCAUCACAGGAGCCCAUAAUGCUGGCAGUUAGGAGAGGUAAUGUCCAGACCGUGACUGAACUAGCAACAUCAAUAUCAUGCAUCCAAACCCGUAAUGCAGUGGAAGACUGGACAGCCCUACAUGAAGCGGCUUAUUAUGGGCAGGCUGCCUGUGUAAAAGCUCUACUUAAAGUUAAACCCACUUCAGUAGAUAAGCGUACUCUCCAGGAGCAGACUGCUCUUCUAAUUGCAACUGAUGGGAAGCACCUGGAGUGUGUAAAGUUUCUUCUGGAGGCAGGUGCAGACCCAGAUAUCAGCAAUAAAAGCAAAGAGACACCACUUUAUAAAGCUUGUGAAAAAGAGAGCAUUGACAUUGUGAGGCUGAUCCUAGCAUUUGGAGGCUCAGUAAACCAGCGCUGCCAUCGUGGCUGGACAGCUCUCCAUGAAGCAGUGAGACGGGGGAACACACAGCUCUGUGAGGCUCUCCUGCAGGCCGGAGCUGCCAUUGAAGCCACCAACUCUUACGGUAUCACUCCACUCAUAGAGGCAGCUCGGCAUGGCAGGACAAAGAUGGUGAACUACCUCAUUAGUAAAGGUGCUGGCGUGAACCUACAGUCAUGUGAAGGGACUACUGCUCUGAGUGAAGCCUGUAAACAUGGUCAUAGAGACACAGUGGACUUUUUGCUCAGACACCAUGCAGAUGCCAACAAAGGCUCCAAAACUGGACUUCUGCCUUUGCACAUUGCUGCCCAGCAUGGCCAUGAAGAGAUUGUAUCAUUACUGCUGCCUGUCACUAGUCGUGCAAAAAUACGACAAAGUGGCAUCACUCCUCUUCAUCUGGCAGCUGAGUUCAACCAAGAAAAAGUUGUCAGCUUCUUGAUCAAGUCAGGCUGUGAUGUUAAUGCAAGUCUGUCCCACGAACGCUCAUCAAUGUUCCAUGACCAACGCAGCACAGCUCUGUACUGCGCUGUCACAGCUGGUAAUGGAGAGGUUGUGGACUUGUUGCUCAAGGCUGGUGCAAACCCCAAUCUGGACCCCCUCAGCCCACUGCUAGUCGCACUACGACACGGCUGUUUUAGGACUAUAACUACACUAGUGGAACAUGGAGCAGAUGUUAAUGCUCAUGUACCAGCUCAUCCCACUGAUUUUCCAGGAGUGCUGUUAUAUAUGCAUAGCAUGGGAAUUUUACAGUAUCUGUUGGACAAUGGAUGUGAGGCACAGGAAUGUUUCAGGUGUGACCAUACAGACAGCAGGCAACUUGCUAGCCAAAGCAGAAUGGAGGACACAGACCAGACGACUCACUCAGUGACAGGAAAUGCAUUUCCAUCACAAACAAUCUGUACUGAAUCAACAACCAGAAAUCUACAGUUUUGUGAGUGGAUUUCCUCUGUGAGUCAUAUGGCCGCACCUCUGAUCACCUUGCUACUGGAUUAUGUUGGAAAUGUCCAGCUGUGUUGCAGAGUCAUUGAACUAUUCAAAAGCAAAAAAGAAUGGGCUGCCAUUAAGGAAAAAGCAUCAUCACCUCGUCCACUGAUGCAUCUGUGCAGGCUGAAGGUUCGAGAGCAAGUUGGUGCCCAGAGACUGACAUCUCUAAAUACUCUUCCAAUACCGGGCAGACUGCUCCACUAUCUGUGUUGUUCACAGGACAACACUACAGAAUAUACAGUCCUAAAGCUCACGUCAACUCACACAUAAAUUGCAAGUUAUUUGAGAUUUCUAUUCUAACUUUGUUUGGACAGUUUGUGUCAGUUGUGCUUUUUGUGGUUGUGCACACAGUUUUAUCUAUUUAUAAGAAGAGAUGAGAGAUCACAUUUGAGGUACUUCAAAUUUAUGAUGAAUACUUAUAAUAGGUAUACAAUUACAAUUAACCAUUAUCCACAACAUAGCCAAAAUG